CCUACUGUAGUGGACAGAUCGCCUACCAUCAUUCCGCACUACAACUUGACUUUCUGUCGAGCUGAUUGCAACGAUGCAGACUCUGCACUGCAUCUCAGAGUAUACAUACUUGUACGCUUCCGACCCCGCCCCACGCUCGUCAGAUCUCAAUUGACCUCCGACACCACAAGCCAAUAACCGCAGCCGAAGAUCCGACCAAGAUGACUACGCGAACUCUAGAGAUCAGGACGACUGAUGCCGAGUUGCAGCAUUCGCUGUCCCUCCCGACUGAAGAUGGACAGAUCAUCACAAUGGUCCAAUUGCAGGCGACAGCGGCCUCGCUGCUUCCCGACAAGGAGUUCUCGCUCUGCUAUACGGACUCCGACGGAGACCGCGUGGCCAUCACCAACGAUGCCGACCUGAAAGAACUCGAUAAAUUCAUGCAGGACGAACAGUUGCAGUGUGUUGAUGUGCUGGUCGAGCCACAAGUGCCAGUCACGGCUAAACGCGCUGCCACCGCUGUCAAGACGCAGUUGCGUGGACUCGUCACUGCCAUGUCGAAGCUGACAGCCAAGCCCGAGACGACGCCCACGCCCUCGAGCGCGAUGGACCUACUGGUAACCAGUCUACAGGCCAUGGACGUAGCCGGAAGUGCCGUGGAACUAGAAACAAUCAAGAAAGAACUAUUGUUGAUACUGCAAGACGAGGCCUUCCGUUCGGUAGUUCUAGAGUUUAGUGCCACUGAAGAGUUCAAGGACCUCGUGGAUGCGAUGGUCGCAGCUAUCUACGAAGAAGACGCGCAGUCCAUCGAGGACACAGUCACGGCACGAUUCGACGAGCUGCUGGUGUUCACUCAACGCGUUGUGGCACGCUGUCCGUCACUCAAACCGGUGAUGGUGAGUGUGGCCAAGUCACUGAUGACCAGCUUGGUGCGCAACAACGAUAACGAGAUGGACGGCAACACAUCGGACUCGCCCAGCUGCAGCAGCUCCAGUUCCUGCUGCAGCGACGACCAGGAGACGGUGGACAUCGAAGUGCUAGCAGAAGAAGUACCGCUACAUUCGGGCAUCGUCUGUGACGGCUGUGAGAAGUCCCCACUCGUGGGUGUGCGCUACAAGUCGCUUGAGGUGCCCAACUUCGACUUGUGCGAAGAGUGCGAGGCCAGUGGCAACUUCAUUCGCUUCGAGCCAUUUAUCAAGAUCACGGAUCCGUCACGCACGCCCAAACUGAAACGUACCUCCGAACUCGUGCAUCUUUGUGUCACGUGCGACGGGUGCGAGAUGAACCCCAUCGUUGGUGUCCGCUUCAAGUCCCAGACGAAGGAGAACUUCGACCUGUGUGAGAGCUGCGAAGCCAGUGGCAAGUGGACGGAGUCGCACGGACCGUUCACGAAGAUCGAGGAGCCGGCCGUGAUGCGCGCUCUCAAGUUUACUUGUCGUCGUGGCGGCAAGUUCGGUCACCACGGGAAAUUUGGCCGUCAUCACCACGGUCAUGGCCACCACGGUCAUGACCACCACAGGAAAUUCGGGCGUCACUCUGGCAAAUUUGGCCAUGGAAACCAUCAUCGUGGACGCGGUAAGUUCGGCCGUCACGGCCACUGCCACGGAUCUCCUGACUUUACGUUCCAUGGACACCAUCCCGAUCACCAUGGUCCACCAGGUUUCCCUGGUUACGAGUUUCCCGGGCAUGGCUUCCCAUUCCACCACGAAGGCCACACUGAGUUUGCCAGACACUUCCACGGUCACCAUGGCCAUAGUUCUGGGUUCGACGAUCGUCGUCACCACGGCCACCCCGGGUUCAGUCCUCCAGGCCACUUCGGUCGCUUUGGUCGCUUCGGUCCGCCUCCUUUUGAAUCCAUGGACCCACGUGAAUCGCCGAUCUCUCGAGGUUUCGAGCACGGUCGUCCACCUUUCCCCACGGAGUUUGAGCAUUGGGGGCACCCCAGUUUCCGCGAACACCGUGGACGUCACGGCCAUCACAUGCGAUUCUCGGACCAAGGCGACGAAAACAAAAAGCACAAAGAAGAAGAAGAAGGAGAUCGUCCGUACCACUGGCACCACGGCUGCCAUGGACGUGGACGUUGGGGACGUGGCGUAACUAAUGAAGCAGCGCAAGAAGCUGCUGCGACUGAGGCCAAACUCUCCACCGAUGAAGACAAGAUCGACUACAGCGAGGCGCUGAAGCAGCUCGCGUCGAUGGGUUUCAACGACAUUGAGAAGAAUAUGUUGGCCCUAGAGUUAGCUCGUGGCAAUGUUGGUGGGGCUGUGAAUGCUCUAUUGUCAGAGUAAAAAGUGUAAGUCGAUUUCGAGUACCCAAACCCACAACGUACAAGGUACAAGGUACCGUAAUCGAAAAGCAAAAAAUCUGCAAAGGGAAAAGCCAAGAAACACAAGUAAAAGCUGUGGCCGCUGCCAUACUUUCACGACAGAAAGACAAUCCAACAAAACUCAAAAUCAAGAAGAAAAAAAAACCGUCUAGCAGCUUCCCCCGGCUUGGAUGCAUUUACAUAUUUUCAUGCAACUAUCAUGCUUAUAGCAAAGAAAUUACAUAAUAGAAAAGUUCCUUGAGAGGCGAAACCAAUACUGUAGUAGUAGUUUUUUUCACUUUCUAUUUUUUUUUAAAUCAAUGUAGUUUUGUUUUGUCCAAGGCAAUAAAUACACUACUUAAACGAC